AUAAUAAUAAUCACUAAUUACAUUCCUCAAAGCUUAAUAAGUUGCUCUUCUAUCUUUCUUAGUGAUCUUAAUUAAUAAGAAUGUAUAUUAACUUGUGGUUUGAGCUUACAAAGAAGUGAUUAAUUGAAGAAGAGACUAUCGUAUCUUUCAUUAGACUCAUCAAUCAAAUCCAUAUUCUGCAUGUUCUGUUUUUGUCUUCUACAAAAACCUCGCAGUACAACGAAUAACAAAACCUAAUAUCCCCUAUAUACAUAUAUUAUCUUUAUCUUUUCCACUUUUUAAUAGUCCUUAAAGAGUCAUUUCUCUCCAAUAAUGUCGUUCAUUCCCUCAUUUUUCAUCGUCCUCUUAUGUCUUUCCAUGCAUGCAUGUACUGCUCGCCGUUUUGGCUUAAUCAAGGUUGGAGAGAAGGUUAAGGAAAAACAGGAGUCAGUUGGAGAGAGCAUUAUUGAUGGCGGUCUUAUGAGAUCAGAAGAACCAAAUAUUGACUCGAUUUUUGUCAGAGAAAGUACAGGUCAAGCUCCAAUAAAGCCUGUUGUUGUUCCGGUUUCUUGGAAAGUACCAAGCAAGAUUAACCAUCCUCCUGCGUCCUUUCACUACUCCGACUAUUCUAUGCCAAGAAUGCGACAAGAUGAGAUUUUUAAGUCUUCUUCCUUGGCCGUACCUCUAAUAAAGGCAACAAAUAUUAAGGGAUUAACAAGAAGCAGAGGACUAUCAGUAGUAAGAUUUGGAUCCAAUGUAAAGAAAGCUAACAAGAAGAAUGUACAAGAAGAUGCAGAUACCACAGAUUAUGUCCCACCACAUGAAAAACCACCCAUUCACAAUAGAAAAGUCUAAUUAAUCAAUUUAUACCCCCAUCCAAUCGAAUUAACCACUCACUGUAUAUCGUUUUGACGACUAUAUAUAGUAUAAUUGCAUGAGAGGUCCACAUGACUUUAUCAUAAAAUGAUUUCCUUUGCAAUUUUUUUUGCCAGGAAACAAUAAAGCUUUGGAAUAUAUCUUUACUUCCGAACCAAACUUAUUUUAAUUUUGUGUUCGAGUAAUUUUUGUAAGUAUUCUAAAGGGGAGGGAUACCCUUGAUGUGUAGUCCAUAAUAUUAUAUUUGGCCUUCAAUGAAAAAAAAUAAUGUUCCACA